ACUACUCGGGCCGAUCAGAGCUCGUUAAGAAAGAGUGAGAUCUCAACUUCCAGACCUACCCUUCGCAGCUUCACACUCAGCCAGAGCCCGAUAGCCCAACACGCACACCAUGUCACGGUCUCCGUCACCAACACCAGGUGGGAGGUCUGUUCUGGCAGAGAUGACGGUUUAUCAACCUCGCGGAGGUCCUUGGGGCCAACACCACAAGUACAGGACACCGCAAAGUAAGGUCGAUGAGUUUUGGACAAAGUUUACCGCGAGAGUCCCGGGAAAGGCCACCACGGUUCUCCCCAAGAACGAGUACGCUGAGAGGCUUACCAAGCGCAACUCAGCCAAGGAGGUGGGAGGUGGUACAAAUGCGCAAGCAUCUUUCGAAGAGGCCGCGGCUAUCUGCAGGGCCAAGGUGGAAAAGAUCGUUCAAGAAUGCCGUCGUGUCAACCAGAAGUACAGAGACCCGCAUUUCGACCUGGAGUACGACCUGAAGACGGGUAGGCGCGAUUGCCUCGAAUCUCUCAGUAAUGAGAACAUCAUCGAUUUCUCCAGUAGCGACUCGGACUCUGACUACAACCACCUACCACGCCCCCGGUCGCGAUCCCGUCGUCGCAGGAGAGAUUAUGGUGAUCGUGACCAGGGCACUACUCAAGCGGAAGGCCAGACCAAGACCAAAACCAAAGCCGACAAGGGAGAUGGAGUCUCGCAGUUGUCCCCGCAAGGACGGAUGCCCGGGUCCAAGUUUCGGCCGGCAUCGGUCAAGCGAGUGGGUGAGAUCUUUGACGACCCAAAGUUCUACAUUGACGGUCCCACCGCAAAUGAUGUGCGGCAGGGCCGGGACGGUGAUUGUUGGCUUAUGGCAGCAUUGUGCACGAUGAGCAACAAGCCUGGACUCAUCGAACGGAUUUGUGUGGCUCAUGACCAGGACAUUGGUGUCUAUGGCUUUGUCUUUCACCGGGAUGGGGAAUGGUUCAGCGAGAUCAUCGAUGAUAAGCUCUAUCUCACCAGGCCCGACUAUGAUGAGGCCAUGGAUCGUUUUCACAUGGAACGCGUGUUAUGGGAUGAUAGAGAUCGCCCAGACUCUGAAGAGAUCUACAGGAAAACUUACCAAUCCAAUAGCGGCGCACUUUACUUUGCGCAGUGCGAGAAUCCGAACGAAACCUGGCUGCCUUUGCUCGAGAAGGCCUAUGCCAAAGCCCAUGGAGACUAUGCAGCUAUUGAGGGUGGGUUCACUGGCGAGGGUAUCGAGGAUCUCACGGGCGGCGUGACCUCUGGCUUGUAUACUGCGGAUAUACUUGACAAGGAACAUUUCUGGAAAGAGGAGCUCAUGAAGGUUAAUGAGCAAUUCCUCUUUGGUUGCUCGACUGGGGUCUGGGGCCGUGGCUAUGGUGACAGAAAGGGUAUUAUGGAACAGCAUGCCUAUUCUGUCAUGAAAGCGGUGGACAUUGACGGGGAGCGGCUUCUCUUGCUGAAGAACCCUUGGGGCAAAGGGGAAUGGACUGGGCCCUGGAGUGACGGCUCAAAGGAAUGGACACCAGACUGGCUCCAGAAAUUAGGCCAUCGGUUCGGGGAUGAUGGCGCGUUCUGGAUCUCAUACAGGGACUUCUUGCGUAAGUUCCAGGCCUUUGAUCGAACGCGCCUCUUCGGACCCGACUGGAAAGUUACCUCCAUCUGGACAACACUUUCCGUACCAUGGACCCUAGAGUAUCAUGACACUAAGUUUGCCUUUACGCUGGCAAAACCCGGUCCGGUGGUCAUUGUCCUCUCCCAGCUAGAUGCCCGCUACUUCCGUGGGCUAGAGGGCCAGUACAGAUUCGAGCUGAACUUCCGCGUACAUCGGGCUGGAGAGGACGAUUAUCUGGUACGAACGCAACACUCCUCCCGCAUGAACCGCUCCAUCAACGUCGAACUAGAUCUUGACGCUGGCGAAUACCUGGUCCUCGUCAAGAUUGACGCCACUCGCAACGAGUGGGUUCUGCCUACUGAGGACGUGGUGCGGAACAAUGCUCGCCACCAUCGCGAGAAACUGCUUCGUAUCGGACUCUCCUAUGAUUUGGCACAUAGCAAGUCCAAGAUCAAGGAGAGCUCCGAGGAGAAAGCAGCGCGUGAGGCACAUGAACAGCGGAAGAAAGACAAGCAACGUGAAAGUCUGCGGAAGGCUAUCAUGGAGGAAAAGGAGAUGAACUUUUACAAUCGCAUGAAAAGCUACCAGAGGCAGAAGCGGCGAGUGGACAAGAACAAGGAGAGGAUGAAGAGGAAGGCAGAGAAAAGGAAGGCGAAGAUGGAAAAGAAGAAGGCAAAACGGGAGGGAGCAGAGAGGAAACAGGCUGAAGAGACUUCUGAGGAUCCUAUUGAUGGGCAGAAAGCGGGGAGCAAAGGCCGGAAUUUCAGCCUUGACGCGGCCUUGCACCCUGCUGGUGAGCAUAUGGCACCCCCGGUAGUAGAUACUGCGCCGUCUACGGACGCCGGACAACCAACUCCGUCUGUUAGCAGCACCGGUGCUACCGAGGUUGAUGCAGCAGACCGUCUGCCCGAGCCUGUCCUGUCCGGUGCUGUUGGGAAGGACAACAAGGCUCCUGAGGUCCCUUCAACGGGUGUACUAACUCCUCCAUCAGCCUCAACACAACAACAGGAUGGUGAAUCUUCUGCUAGAGUUGUCAAACCCUCCUCGGAGCAGCCAAAGGAAGCAAGUACACAGAAUCCAUUCGACGUACAACCAGGGCCCUCAGCAGAGACCAACAAGUCACCGGAAGAUACUCUUCCAGAAGCGCAGUCACGUCCUCCAACGCAAGGCGAAGGUGGAAGAGGUGCUAAUCACACCAAAGAAAUUGAGAACAAGCUUCGGGCAGCUGUCAACCUCUUCUCAAGCCUAAAGCAGGAGCUGGAGCUAAUGCUGGAAGACAAUGUCAACAAUGGUACAGAUCAAGGGCAAGAACAAAAGCCAAAGGAUGUUGACAACCAGAGGCAGCCUCCACCUCCUCCUCCUCCUCCUCAACUUCGUGCCCCAUCCGAACAACGCACUCUCCAACCACCGAUGCCUCCUCCCCCUCGUCCCUUCUCGCCUCCCCACCCUCAAGACCACCGCCAGCAGAGACCUCUCUCCCAACUGCGAGGAAGAUCACCAAUGCAACCGCCCAUAGACAUCGGUCCUUCACCCCGUCGCUCCCGGCAUCGAUACGGUGGACCGCUGCCGCAACGUCGCGAAGUCUUCAUUGAUGAUCCCCACCAUCAAAGUCGCAACAACGGGCCCCGUUUCUACGACGACAGCUUCUCCGAGUCAUCACCCUCCUCCUCGGACACAGACGACACAUACAGCAUCUCCAGCAUCUCUGAUAUUUCUGACCGGGAACUCGACAUGCACAUCCGCGAGGACGCCCGUCGCAACGGGAGGCUUCUUGAUCAACAAGGAUCCCGUCAACAGGCCAUAUUACCACCGAUCCAGCCACAGCCUGGCCCACCGCAACCGCAGCCCCCGAUGCCGGGUCCGCCGAUUGGAGGCAGAGGUCGGGAUCCCCGUGGUCGACAUGGAGGAGGCGGUAGAGAUGGGCCUAGGAAUGGGCCGGUCGAUCUCAAUGCGGAGUUUGAGAAGAAUCCGUGGAAUGCGGUGGCGGUGGUGGGGCUGAGGGUUUAUUAUCGUGUUGAUGAUGCUGGUACAGGCCAAGAUGCCACUGCUGCUGCUACCGUUACCGCUACUACUGCUGAAGACAAAGAUGCAGCAGCAGGUGGGAAAGAAGAGGAAACCAAGAAGGAGAUGGUCAAGUUGAAGGUUAUCAAACCAAAUCCGUGGGAGAUUGUUAGUGAUGAUGAGAAGGAUGCCAAGAAAAAGAAGGAGAAGGAGAAGGAUGGGGAGAAGAGGGAGAGUAAGUGGACUAGGGGGUUCAAGAAGAGUAAGAAGAAGGGCAAGGAAGGGGGGGAGGAGGAGGAGGAGGAGGGCAAGAAGAAGAAGGACAAGAAGGAUGGGGAUACUACUGAAGCGGGAAGGAAAGCAAAUGAUGAGGGUGAUAAGGCGGGUUUGAAGAAGGAAGAGGUGGAAAAGGUGUUGGAUGUUGAUGAUAGCGCGAAGGACGCUACUCUUGAGGGUGAGGAGAGGGAGAAGACUGUUGCUGAGGGACAGGUGUGAUGAGUUUGUACGGGUGGAUGAGUUCUCUGUCUUGACUUGGUUAUGACUGCUGAUUGCGUUCCUUUUAUAUUGUAAUUUUGUUGGAGAAAUGCUUUUCUUUGCUUGAAGAUGUCCGGUUUA